GAUGGCGCCAGUGUGUGGGGCAGGCCGUCUGUUGUCUCUUGCCUUAAUCGUGUUUGUGUUGUUUUUUACUAACUACUUUUAACAAUGUGGACUCUCUACUUGUGUAUGAUCGCCAGAUACUGCUGAACAUUAGAUUAAAUAUGGAAAAUAUGCUAAUUUAUAAUUCUGGUGGAUCGAAAACCUUACCUCACCUGCAUGAGUUACCUGCGUAUCUCUGCCGAACGCCGUUUCCUGCUCGAAAGAAAAAGCGACGUAAACGUCGGGGGAAACGUGGCGGCCUGCUGAUAAAAAUUAAAUCCCGUCUGGCAGUUUCCCGUAAUCUCCGUAGAACAUUAGCGGAGUAUCAGAUAGAUGACUGCAACUAUAUUUCCAUGCGGUCUUUGGAUCCUGUCCACACCUGGCUGGUACCGGUGGUCGACGCAGACAAGGAGUCCAGGGCUCCCCGCUCCGUGUCUCCCCGCUUCCGGAGAGGUAGAGUUAACACAUCGUGCCUACGGGUGUUGGAUGGUGAGCCCCGGAUAGCAAUUAACCCAGCUCCGGCCAGGAUUGCCCUGGUAAAUGCCAGGUCGCUGGGACAGAUAUUAAUUGGAAAUGAUGUCAGUGGAGCUCUGUGCAUCAGCCAGCCUUGGCCUGGAAUGGCCAGAACCAUAUUUGGAGACCACCAGAGAUUCGUGGAUGCAUAUUUUAAACCGUACCAAGGCCAGUAUUUUUCGGGUGAUGGGGCGUACCGCACUGAAGACGGUUACUACCAGAUCACAGGGCGGAUGGAUGACGUCAUUAAUAUCAGUGGGCAUCGGCUGGGCACUGCUGAGAUAGAAGAUGCACUGGAUGGACAUCCAGAUGUUCCUGAGACCGCAGUUAUCGGAAUUCCCCAUGAGAUCAAAGGAGAAGUUCCAUUCGCAUUUGUAGUUUUAAAAGAAUCUGCUUCUGAGAACCAGCUUGCUGUUGUGGAAGAACUGAGACACCUAGUGGCUACCAAAAUAGCUAAAUAUGCUGUGCCUGAUCAUUUCCUGGUUGUGAAGCGUCUUCCUAAAACACGCUCUGGGAAAAUCAUGAGGAGGAUCUUGCGUAAGGUCGCCAUGCAGGACACGAGCAACCUGGGGGACGUCUCCACGCUGGAUGACCCCUCCGUCGUUUCAGAGAUCAUCGAGGCCCAUGAACAAAACAGAAGUCAUGCAGCUAGGAAGUAGAAAAAGACUGUUGGAAUGUUGCAACGAUUAUUUUGAGGAACUGUGAUGACAGGGAAACUGUACAAGUAAUUCACAUGUAAAUGUGAGAGUAAAUAUGUUAGCACACAGAAUGCAUAAAUUGCAGGUUAAAUGCUCUCAUAUGUAGUAAAACUUGCUCAUUGCCACCUAAACUGGAUGUUAGCCCCUCCUUAAGACAACUUGGACAAACCUCUUUUAAACCAUAAUUAUGAAGUUCUGCACAGUGUUCUUCCUGUAGUCAGAGACUAUGUGGAUUUGCUGUGUCACACCAGUAUUGUUUGCUUGAGAGAUGAUUUUAUUUUUAAGGUGCUCAAUCAGUUUGUAUUCCAUGUUCUCCUUUUUUCCCAGUUGUAUGCCUUCAUUUGCUAAUGUUUGUGACCAGAUGAACAUGAAAUGACUGGUUAAUUUACAAGCAAUAUACAUUACUAUAUAAUUAUGACACAAUGCCCUUAUAUUAUUUAAGUGGAAGUUUAAAUGUUUCCAUCUAAUUAGUAUUUUCAUCUUAUUGGAAUAAACGAGAAAAAUGAAUAAUUCAUAAAAUGAAUUUUUAACAUUAAAAAAAAAAGAUUUAAGAUUAUUAUUUUUUUUCUGGCUGUGUGUUAUUGCUCUCUCUAUAUAUAGUCUACUGUUGACUUAUCAACUGCGAAAUGUUUUCACACAUUUGACUUCACUUUUGAAGGUUAUCUUGUAUUGUUUUGUUAUUUUACAUUAUUAAUCCAUUUGUAUUUUUGGCAAGAACUACAGUUAAUAUGACACAUACGACUCUGCUACUUUUAUGAAUGCUAAACUAGCUGCUUCGUACAACACAUGCUACUAGUAGUAAUAGCGUGUCUUAAAGGCCUCUUUUUUUUUCAGCGUCUAAGACUCAUUAAAAACUGAUCCCAUCCUGAUUGCACUUUUCACCCAAACGGCGAAAGGUCAAGAACGGUGGCUUCACAAUAGCGCCAUCUCCUGGUUAGAUAGAAAACGUUAAAUGAAAUGCGCUAAUAAAAAUCGAAUAUUACCAUAAUUAUUACUUUGAAGAAAAAAGAGCUUUGAAGACACCUCGUAUUAUAAAAAGGUUUUUAAGUAAAUUUAAAUGUAUUUUUCCUUCUCUCCUCUGUGUUGUUCGUUC